AUGGAUGGUUCCAUUCCGCCGCCGUCCACCACGACCACCUCCACCACCUCCUCCAUCACUACCAUUCCAACCUCUUCAUCAACUGUUUUCCGACCCCGCAAAUCAGAGGAUUGGAAUGAGUAUCGCACGGCUAUCGAGAGUCUCUACCGAGACAAUCAGCUCAAGCUCCGUGAUGUGAAGAGAAUCAUGGAGCGUGACUAUAACUUUGUUGCAUCGUACAGCCUCCAUUUCUCUUAUUUGCCAUUCCUGCCCUGUUUCUUGCCUUUCCCACUCGCCCUCGUAUUUGUCAUUCUUCUCACUUAUUGGCUUGCAUCACCUGUCCCUCUGCAGCAAUAUGCUGUUUCUUCCUUUCACCACCAAAAGCGGAAGAAGAGGACACUUGGUUAUAGGCUUCCCCUGACAUUCAAACUUUCUAGAGAAAAACAAUACAAAGAUCGCCUGGCUGCAUGGCAUGUCCGCAAGAAUAUCAAGGCCAAAGAAGUCCAUGUCAUGAUCCGAAAGCAACAGAAACGAGCGGCUCGAGGCAAGCAAACAGGUUUUCGUGUUGCUGGGCAAGAAGUCGACUCCAAACGCAUCUCACGCUUUGUCCGUAGAUAUGGAUCGAACAUGGAGGCCAAUAAUUCCCGCGAGGACCCUCCGCACAGUCCCCAGGGCCAUCAGAUCAUCCAGCCCGUCCAGCCCGUCCAGCCGAUCCAGGCAACAAGUCCCGAACCAGUCGCCAGAAACUCCCUCCGAUAUGAGCUAUUUUACCCCACCGCCAGAGGAACGAGCAAUGACAUUAUCACCUUCAACAGAAACACCGUCACAUUUCCCGCGCGAUCUUUAUCAGUCUCUUCCGGAACUAUGACCAAUGACAUAACGAAACCAAUGACUGACGGGGUCCAGGGACCAGAUGGCUGGAUGACCCUCGAGAUGUUUCAGGAAAAGCUUUUGAAGCUUUCGAGGACUCUUGAUCAAUCAAUGUCCCGAUUUGUUCCUGCCGAGGAUCGCAGCCACCAGCCCUCCAACUCUGACCAGCAUUCUCGCUCAAUCGGGCAGUGA